CAAGGUUAUGAUACUGGACAGCUGAACAGACGAACGUCAAAAUCUCAAAUUAGAGUCAGUAAGGCUUACUUUUCAUCAACAUGGCACUUUUGUCAGAGGGAUAUGGUGAUGAUGAUAUUAAAGAAUUGAGAUUGAAUCUUUCUGAAGCAGCAGCAAAUCCUGAUCCUACCAAACUUCGAGCUGCUUUGGCUCACAUAGUGUCACAGAUGAGUUUGGGGAAUUCACUCUCGGCUUUAUUUCCGGAACUGGUAAAGAUAUGUGCAACCAAUGACCUUCCGAGUAAGAAGCUUGUUUACCUGUAUAUGGCCGGCUGUGCCUGUGAGCAACCUACUCUCACCCUACUGGCAAUCAAUUGUCUGCUCAAAGAUUGCCAGGACUCAAACCCAAUGAUCAGAGGUAUGGCUCUCAGGACUCUAUGUUCACUCAGGUUACCACUCCUAAUGGAGUACAUAGAGCUCCCUCUUCUGGCAGGGCUGAAAGACAAGAGUGCAUAUGUGAGAAGAAUUGCAGUAUUAGGGUGUCUCAAAGCCUGGAAGCUUGACUCUUCAUUCAUUAAAGACAGGAACAUCAUUGAUCAGCUAUACGAGCUGAUUGCUGACCGAGAUAACACUGUCAUGAUCAAUGUUCUUUGUGUGCUUCAUGAACUUCAAGGAAGUCUUCUUGUCACUCAGAACAUAGCACAUGCACUCCUCAACAGAUUAAGUUCACUGUCUGAAUGGGGCCAAAUCAAGGCAUUGCAAUUCCUUCUGAAGUACAAGCCACAAAAUGAGGAAGAAAUAUUUGAUAUACUGAAUUUGGUCGAUGGUUGUUUACGUCAUCCCAACAGCGGAGUAAGCCUGGGAGCCAUUCACCUCAUGCUUCUAAUCACAAAGGAUAUGCCUCAAGUCAAUCAAGAUGUCACUGGAAGACUUAAAGGUAUUUUAUUGAGUCAUCUUAGCAGUGAUCAACCAGCCUAUGUAUAUGCUUCAUUGUGUCAUCUUCAGUGGCUCCUAGAUAGGCUGCCCCAAGGAAUCACCAAAUACUACAAGAAGUUCUAUUGCAAGUACAACGAGCCUGUGUAUCUAAGAUGCAAGAGAAUUGAUCUCCUUGUACAACUCAUUACAGAGGCUAAUAUUAAUGACAUUAUAGGAGAAUUAAGUGCUUACUGCAUUGAUGUAUGUACCAAGUUUGGUAAGCAUGCUGUACGAGCCAUGGGUUCUAUAUCUCAAUUAAAUCCAGCGUACGUAGCGACAUGUAUGGAUGCUCUAAUACGUCUUCUUCAACUUGGAAUUGACAGAGUUUCUUCAGCAGUUUUCAUUGAGAUGCAAGAAUUGCUAUCCAUUGAAGGGAAGUAUCAGGAAUAUGUUGAUCAAAUGUUAGACUUUAUUCCAGGCUGUUGGUCUAAUAUAGAUGAUGAGGAUGGUAGAUGUGCUAUGAUUUUUCUUGUAGGCCACCAUGGACAGAGAUUGCAAGAUGCUCCCUACCUCCUUGAGAGUGCAAUUGACAGUGUAAUGGAGGAAUCCAGUCUUGAGGUCAAAGGUCAUCUACUGAGUGCAAUCACCAAGUUAUUCUUCACUCGCCCUGCAGAAUGCCAAGAUACGCUUGCUACCAUGCUGCAUCAUUGCAUAGAAACACAGACAGAUGUAUUUCUUCGAGAGAGAGCUAUGCUUUAUUACCAGUUACUACAUACUGAUAUCAACAAGGCAAAGCUGGUAAUCUGUUCAUCUCAGAGGUUAACACCACCUUCAAGAGCUACAUCAAGGCAACUAUCAUUGAUCAACAACUUCAAUAGCUUCCAACUAUUAUUGGGAACUGAUGACAUCUCACACAAUGAAAUGAAGCAACAGCCAUCCUCGUCCUCAUCAGAUAUGCAUUCAGUCAGGACCAUGCCCUCUGCUGUGACUGAUGCUGUGGCACCAGAGGGUAUGCUUGUUGAUCUAAGCUUGGAGGAUACCAAGGUGCAGGAUGCAGGAAACAAUGGCAAGGAUUCAGGCACCAACCAUAAAUUAGAAGACACAGACCUAUGUCUCCAUACAGGACAUGGGAGGGACAGUAGCAACAUUAAUGUCGAAAUUAAAACUGCAGCAGGGUCACAGCCUACAGAAAAAGGAAGUUUUUCUUUUCUACAAGAUGUUAAAGACCUUGGGGAGAGUUCAGUCGGUGUGUGUGACGAAGGAAAAGCUUCUGAAGAAAGGAAGGAUUCUGUACCACUUGUAGGCACUUCUGGAGUCGCAUCCUCAGUGUCCAAGGAUCUCAAAGACAUGAAACCAUCCCAUCCAACAAAGAGCAUUCAGUCUUCUGAACAUUCAGGAAGCACUGUUGAACACCCUGGAUCUCUCGAUGCUGAAGAUGGUGAGAAAGAAGAGGAGAGUUUGGUUGCAAGCGUUCGAGAGGAAGAAGUGACAUAUGGUGUAACCUUUGACAAGUCGUUCACACUCUCACCCCAGGAAUUUGAAGAAAAAUGGAUGGAAUGGACAAACGGUGAAACAUUUGAAGUAGCUGAAAAGAAGCCUUCAGUGUUGCUAAAAAGGUUCAAUGAUAUAGGAUUCCACACCAUGGCGUCCAUGCCUGAAGAUUCAGAGCACUGGAGAGCAUUUCUUUAUGCAAAAAUAGAAGGUGGUGAUCUGUUUCUUAUGGAAACAACUGUGCAUCAGAAAUUGGGAAGAUGUUCUUCUUGCAUCAAGUCUUCCGACUCCAGCCCCUCAUCCACAAACAAGGUUAUAGCUUUUUGUAAAGAGAAAUUCCUUUAACUGUUGCUUUCACUUGCAAAGAGUAUCAGUAGUGUUAAGGUGGGCAUAUUGUUCCUACUCAAUUGCUAUGCUUAUGUAGUUAAACAAAUGAAAUAAACAUGGACAGGACGGAAGUGUGGCAUGAUUUGUAGGACUUUGCCUAGAUGUGCAAAAGAGUAACAUCUUACUCUCUAUUUUUGUUGUUCAAUUAUGAGGGAAUAUAAAAAGAGGAGGUUGCAUAAGAGCACAUUUUCAUAAUUGUAAUUAAUCUUGUGAACUGCAAAAGUCGGAAGUGCCACAACCCCAGCAGCAGUUGUUGAAAAGGGUACCAUUUAAUUGUGCUGGAUUUUUGGAACGGGGUGCAAGCUUUGCACUUUAUGCCACUGGUCACAUUGGUUUGUUAAUUCCAAAGUAUUUUUGUUCACAGAAUAUGGUACAAACAUUAGGAUAUGAUGUCCAACUCAAUAUACUGAAAUACUCUUUAAAAACGAUUAUCAACAUCCAUUAUCAAUAUACAGAUAUAUAUACAUGUACAAUUAAUACCACUUUCUAUAACAAAGUGGACGACAACUAUACCAGAAAAAUAUUUUUUAAAUGGGGGGCAAAAUAUUGCAUGGAACAGCAGUUGAUUCCAGAUUUGUUACUAAUCUAGUUAGUUUACUA